ACUCGUAAUUGGAAUCGGUGACACAAAGGACUUCAACAUUAUCGACCUGUUGUAUUGCCAGACUGUUGCUCAAAAUCGUAGUUCCUGUACUUUAUUGGUCUUCACUAUGUUGUGGUUUUUCGCGCGCUCCAUGCGCUUCUCUUUCAACCCCACUAACCAACCCACCGACGCGUGAACAUCUCACCGAAGACCUUCGUGGCUCCGCGCAUAGCAAAAGACGAAAGACUUCUUCGAGCCUUGUGUCGUACACUAACACUACGUACAUAUCGCGACGAGAUCUGACGCGCAAUGGCCGAGUCCAAUCUUAAGGAAACUUUCUACCGCCAAUUCAACCAAGAUGUCGCAACACUUCGCACACAAAUCGAGAACCUCUCCUCCGUAUCCACAUCCGGCGGCGAGCGCAACGAAGCAAUAGACAACUGCCUCGCAGGUAUAAACCGAGUAGCCCUCGAUGUCCAGGACGCCUCGAGCUAUCUUCCGGCUUACGAUCAACGAACGUACAGCGAGACGAUCAAGCGUUUGAGUGAGAAGUUGUCAGAUGUGAGGAAUAGCUUCGAUCCACCCAAGAAGUUCAGUUUCAAGAACCGGAGAAAGGAUGUCGCGAAACCAGACGCUGCGCCUAACACAUCGAGCGCGAAACCGUCCUCCGUAUCGGAACAAACACUAUCAUCACAGCAACAACAGCAGCACGACACAACGCAACACGACUCUUCCCCAUCAGCCCUCUCCUGGAAAUCCCACGCCCGUAUAACCCUCCCGUCAUCUCCUCACGAAACAAGUUCUCCAACAGUGUCCCACCUCACCCACUGCAUUGUCGAUCUCAGCGCCCCAACGAAAGCCAACGCGCCCUUCGCCGCCCUCUACCUCCGCUCCAUAAGCUCUUCGCUCAUAAUAACCGGUCAAGUCGCAGGCGCAAUACACAUCACAGAUGUCUCCAACAGCACCAUAGUGACGGCGUGUCGACAGUUUCGCAUGCAUGGGAGCAAGAAUGUGGAUGUAUAUCUACAUAGUGCGAGCCGGCCGAUCUUUGAGGACUGUGAGGGCCUGAGGUUUGCGCCGUUACCUGGUGUAUAUACGACACCAGAGAUCGAGCAGUCGCAGAAUCAGUGGGAUCAAAUCGACGACUUCAAGUGGUUGAAGGCCGAGCCGAGUCCCCACUUCAAUCUGCUCCCUGAAGCCGAACGCAUUUCUGAAGAUGCGUGGAAUGAGAAACUACCCGGUGGCGAGAAUGAGAGCCCGGAUGAUACCCUGAAGGCCUUCGAUGUACGGUGACGGCAAGCGAUCAUCAAUACGGCCAUAUCACAGGUCUCUCAACCUUAGCGUACAUUUCAGCCACCGCGUCUUGCUGGCAUGUUCCAAUCACGACGCAUUCUGAGAGGUCAUCACAGUGCAUCGAAGAUCUUUAUUAAUGGCCGAAGUGAAAAGUGUUGUGUAUUAUAUGCAUGCUGAUCUGU